UCGGAAUUUGUCCGUUUUCUAUACAAGUAUAUGUUAGACUCUAGCCCAUCUUUUGGUUAUUUGUCUCACACUCUCUUUAACUUGCAUGUAUUUCAUUUAAAGUUUCAUCAUCUUCCAACCAAAAAGCAACCCAACACUCACCUACUGCACUGCAUUGAAUGGCUCGGAUUCAAUGAAUCAUCAUUAUAUCCCCAUCAAAACGACGCAGCUGGGGGUUGUUAGGUAUCCUCACACAGUCACACUCACUCUUAAACUCUUUUAUUUCACAAAAGAGGAAAUCCCACCCAGAAACCUCCUUUCUCUCCAUGACGACGUCGUCUCAGUCCCAACAACCCACUGCCUCCUCCUGGGGUUUGCUCCCUUGGAGGACCCGGAUCUCGUUAUCGCUUCUGUCAAAGUUAACGGACGCCGCUCGCCGACAAAACGGCACCAUCAACCGCCGUCUCAUGAGCCUCCUCGACUUACGCUCCUCCGCCACUCCCUCCGCUCCCUACAAAGGCGUCACCACCUCCGACGUCACCGUCGACCAAACCCGCAACCUCUGGUUCCGCCUCUUCGUCCCCUCUACGACGUCGUCUCCCCCCGCCUCUUUACCCGUCGUCGUUUUCUUCCACGGCGGCGGCUUCAGCUUCCUCAGCCCCGACUCCUACGCCUACGACGCCGUCUGCCGCAAAUUCGCCCGCCAAAUCCCCGCCGUCGUAGUCUCCGUCAACUACCGCCUCUCCCCGGAGCACGGCUACCCCUGCCAGUACGACGACGGCCUCGACGUCCUCAAAUUCCUCGACCAAAACCCCGACUCCCUCCCCGACCUCGCCGACCGCUCCCGCUGCUUCCUCGCCGGAGACAGCGCCGGCGCGAACAUUGCGCACCACGUGGCGGUGAGAGCCUGCCUCGAGCCGUUUCGGUUCGUGAAACCAGUGGGGCUGAUAUCGAUCCAACCGUUCUUCGGCGGCGAGGAACGGACCGAGUCCGAGAUCCGACUGGAGGGCGCGCCGCUGGUGUCGGUGACCCGAACCGAUUGGCUGUGGAAGGCGUUCUUGCCAGCCGGGUCGAGCCGGGACCACGAGGCGGCGAACGUGGGCGGGCCGAACGCGGUGGACAUUACGGGUCUGGAGUACCCGGCUACGAUUGUGUUCGUUGGGGGCUUGGAUCCGCUGCAGGACUGGCAGAGGAGGUACUGUGAGUGGUUGAGGAAAUCGGGGAAGGAGGCGAAGCUGAUCGAGUAUCCGAGUAUGGUUCACGCCUUCUAUGUUUUUCCGGAGUUGCCGGAAUCCAACCAGCUCUUUUCGCAAGUCAAGGAUUUCGUCGCUUCUAUUGGUUGAAUUGUCUACGUGUUGUGAUCUGAUAGAUAGGUCCUUGUGGUUGUAUUGAAGAUAGGUUGCUUACUAGUCCUACUGCUACGUACUCUUUCAAAAGGGGUGUCGGUCCAUGCUGUCUACUUUUUUUUCAAACUGAUGCCAAUCAUUCAUCGCCUUCAGCGACGUCUUUGUUUCUUUGUCUGGGUCAACUAUGUCUCGAUCCACCAAUGAAGAAUUGGUUGUAACUUGUAACCAUGUGUUCGCUCACAGCUCAAAAUUUUACGAAAUAAGAGCAAGUCGAACGAGUAAAAUUGGUUAA